AUGAAAAGACAAAAGUUCCGUGAAUUUAAAUUUGGACGCUAUUCAGCUUCUGCAUCUAAUGCAGUACAGACAAUAGGCAGAAAAGUCACAAUUUAAAAAUAGCAUAAGAGUUCCUGUGCCUGCUUCUACUGUUUCUUAACAAGAUGGCGGCUACAAUUGAGCUAAGCAACAGCGCUUUGCACAAUCUUUGCCAGAGUUACCACGAAUACAACGAUUUCAAACAGCCACGCACACUUGAAGUUCUCAGCUAUGAACAUUCUGCCAACGCAGACACCGUCAUUGGUUUCCUUGGUAGACAUCAAUUUCUUACACUCAAAGUUCGUCGCAUUGAUGCCGAAGGUAAUGAGCAUUUGGAACAAAUACGAUUUUUCACCAAAACCCCACCACUGGAAUUGGCAUCCCGUAUGGAGUAUCUGGAAGAGUUUGGCGUUUUCAAAAAGGAGGUUAGCGUAUACCGUGAUGUAAUGCCUCAAUUGCAAAAAAUUAUUCCACAUGUGGCGCCUAAUUGUUACUAUGCCAACGAGCGUCUUCUUGUCUUCGAACAUCUCGCCGAUCAGAAAUUCAGCAUGGCCGCCGGACGUGAUGGCAUUCUCAACUAUGAUCACCUGCAUUGCGUACUGAAAACGCUAGCGGCAAUGCAUGCCAGUUCUAUAAUUUAUGAGGUGCGUUGUGGACGCAAGUUGAAUGAGCUGCAUCCCGAAGCUGUGGUGGAGAACGCCUAUCCGCUGGGCAUUCCAGAAAGCCAUGUUCGAAAACAAAAUUUCAAAAAUGCGAACCGAGUAUUUGUGGAACUGAUAAAGUUGUUGCCGAAAUAUCAAGAGAAUUUGGACUAUAUUUUAAGAGAGUUUCCGAAGCGCAUGGCUGUGAUUUUCGAAUUGGCACAGACGUCAGACAAAUAUCGGAACGCAUUUUGUCAUGGUGACCUUUGGGCGAACAACGUUAUGUUUCAGUAUGGCAAAUCUUGUCAGUCGCCCAUACAGAGCCGUCUGGUGGACUUUCAGCUCUGCCGUUAUGCACCACCCAUGCUAGAUGUGAUAACAAUGCUUACAAUACCGACAAGCAGCAACUUCCGGAAGCAACAUUUAUCAGAACUACUCGACGACUACUAUAGUUUCAUGUCCAAAUACUUGGAGCGUGAACAUCUCAACACUGAAGACUACUUUUCACGUCAAGAGUUCAAUGAGACCACACAAAAAUUUCGCAUUGUUGGACUUAUUGAGAGUUUACUUUUCUCCCACAUGACGGAUUUGCCAACAGAAUUGACAGAGGCGGUGACCUCGUCGGCGAAUGGUUUCACCGAUUUCUUUGAUGCUAAACGCACGGACAUCUGCUUGGAAGCUUUUCACAGCGACGACAUAUAUCGGAAUAGAAUGACCGAUAUGCUGGAAGAUUUUGUAGAUAACUUUGUGUUAAAUGCUAAACACUAGUAUUUGUAAAUAGUUUAGUUUGUAGUUUAGAGAAAAUUGUAGUUUCAAUAACAUGUAUAGAUUUAAAUAAAUUUUGAUAUUAUAAUCGCUGAGUAAAGGAAAAUUGCAUAGUAUUGUAUUUGAAAAAUAGAUUAACAGGCCUAUUCUGUGCACUUGAAAAAAAUAACAAAAAAAUUUAAAAUUAUUUCAGAUUUUUAUCAAGUAAGAAAUUUUUUGGUAUUCUGUGACAAUGUUGAUAAAAUAAUUAACUUCAGUACGAAUUGCUUUUCCCUACAUGAGUGGAAAACAAAAUAAUGUAAACAGAAACAGCUGAUUUCUGUCCAAUUAUAUUGAAUUGAAUAGAAAAAAUGAUUUGAAUUAUU